GUUUACCAAGUUCACUGGCUCCAGGCAAAGGCACUACAGGAUCGAUGGAAGGAAGAGCUGAUGUUGGUCCAAUUCGAGAUGGAUUGGACAUGUAACUUUUUCUUGUGGAAAGCAACCCAAUGGGGCGACCAGAUGCAGGAAUCAUUCACGAAACGACUUCCGGGUCAUGCAUGCUACUCCGGAAGGCAACCCUGA